UUCCCAACAGAAAAGCAGAAAAAAUGUUGGAUAUCAAGGCUUGGGCUGAAUACAUCGUGGAGUGGGCUGCAAAGGACCCAUAUGGCUUUCUUACUACAGUGAUCUUGGCCCUUACGCCAUUGUUUGUAAUUAGUGCAGCACUUUCGUGGAAGCUUGCAAAAAUGAUUGAGGCCAGAGAGCGAGAGCAAAAGAAGAAACAGAAACGCCAAGAGAAUAUUGCAAAAGCCAAACGAACAAAGAAGGAUUAAAUGGGGGAAAAAAGGCCUUCCUUGAGCAAAGAACACACUUUUUAAAUGAAACACUUGUACAUUGUGUUGUAACUGUCCUUUGAUACUUGAUCCUGUUAUUUCUUAAGUAUGAAAUUGAAUCUCUUCAAUGUAUUUUUUGUGCUGAAAUGAUUUGUGUUAAAGCUUGCCCAAGUGACACUUGUUACAGUCAUGUAAUCUACUACUUGUGGUGCAGGUGGCUUUUCUAAAUUUGUAUGUUAAAUUAAAAAAUUAAUCUGUUG